ACGUUCAUAACAUGACGGCGAGGACGUUUUCCCCUGUGUCCAUCACUUGCCUGAAUGGGGGGAAUGGCACCAUUAUUUUGUGUUAUAUUUUGUUAUAUAUCCUGUUUGUUUUCUUUUCUUUUUUAUGUAUAUCUUGCUUGGGUUUUGGGUCAUGUCUAUGUUGUUAGUCUUGUCGUUUUGAUCUUGAUCACAUUCCAAGUCGUGCACGAUUUCCGGCCGGGUUGGGCAUGGCUUCUGGAUGAAUCAAUCAAAAACACAAAAAAAGUUCGAAAAAAGUUCGAAAAAAGUU